AUGUCUUCACCAAAUGUUUCGCGUCGUCGCCGAGAUGCUGAAGAUCAAGAUAGCGACGAACCCGCGUACACCUCAUCAUCAAGCAACAAGCGCCCCCGCCUCAACCCCGCGGAUGAAAAUGAAUCAGAGAAUGACUCGGAGACUGGAGAUGGGAGUGAAGCUGGAAGCUCGGUAUCGGAGAGCGAGGAGUCCAUCUCCCAAGUCCCUCCUGCUCCUCACCCAGGGCUAGGUCCCGGUGGCUACAAGCCAGGCGCGAUUGUUCGCAUUAAGGUGCAGAACUUUGUCACAUACACGUCGGCAGAGUUUUUUCCAGGACCAAAAUUAAACAUGGUUAUUGGGCCAAACGGAACAGGCAAGAGUACGCUUGUCUGUGCGAUCUGUCUGGGCUUAGGCUGGGGACCUCAGCAACUCGGGCGCGCCAAAGAUCAGGGCGAAUUCGUGAAACACGGAAGCCGAGAGGCUACGAUCGAGAUUGAACUCUGCGGACCCCCAAAGAUGGGUCGUAACCCCAUCAUUCAACGAACUAUCAAACGAGAUGGGAACAAGAGCACAUUCAUGAUUAAUGGAGAGUCCGCCAGUAAUAAACAAGUGCUCAAGCUCGCCCAGUCCUUCGCCAUCCAGGUAGACAAUUUGUGCCAAUUCCUCCCUCAGGACAAGGUUGCGGAGUUCGCUGCCCUUUCCCCCGUCGAACUUCUUCACUCCACGCAGAGGGCAGCAGCUGGUCCGGAAAUGAUUGAGUGGCAUAGCGCCUUGAAAAUGCUCAGAGGCAAGCAGAAGAAACUGGAGAUCGAUAACCGCGGUGACAAGGAUAUGUUGGCGAAUUUGGAGAAUCGUCAAGAAAUGCAGAGGGCUGAUGUCGAGCGAAUGCGCCAGAGAGCCGGGAUCAAAAGAAAAAUCGAAAUUCUCGAGUUCUUGCGCCCGAUUGUUGAGUACAAAGAAGGGCAUGCGGCUCUGGAGGUCUUGAAAGUCACUAAAGCCCAGCUGCAGCAAGAACAUGAACAGCUCAAGGCGGAUCUAGAGCCUGCGCUGCGUGCACUCACCGUCAAAGAAGCAUAUAUUGAGCAGUUGAAUAAUGUGAAGAGCCAUAGAAAGGAUUCGGUUGAACGAGCAUCCAGACUUGCUACGGCUCGAGGUACACAAAUUGAUGAAUUUGACAGCAAGAUCAAGGACCUCGCGGGUCGUAUUGAGGCAGAAAGGAAGACUGGAGUGACGCACAAGAAGGAAGCAGCAAAUGCCCAGCAAAAUAUCAAGAUGCUCCAACGCAAGUUGGAGGAAGAACCUGUUGACUUCAACCCAGAUGUCUUCAACGAAAACCUGAGAGCGAAGCGACUUGAGAAGCGCGAGCUCAUAGCUCAAGCCUCAGAGAUCAAAGAGCGACGACAACCCCUGAUUAAUCAAGGCAACGAGACAACAAAGAAAAUCAAUCAAGCCCAACAGCAGCUGGAACGUCUCAAUUCACAGUCCGGUCAGCAAGAACACAAGUUGGGAAAUGCAUCUCACGAUUCGCUGAAGGCUCACCGAUGGCUUCUUGAGAACCAAGACAGAUUUGAAAAAGAAGUCUUUGGUCCUCCUAUUGUGACUUGCUCGAUCACCGAUCCCAAAUUCGCCAAUGCUGUCGAAUCUUUGCUUCAGAAGACUGACUUCACAUCCUUCACUACACAGACCCGGAACGAUUUCCGCACCUUGCAGAGGGCGCUCAAUGGAGAACUGCGCCUUCAUGAUGUCAGUAUCCGCACAUGCUCUAUUCCACUAGACAGUAUGAAAGCCCCUUUGCCCGACGAUCAACUUCGCCAAAUGGGAUUCGAUGGAUGGGCGAAAGAUUUCCUCACUGGCCCCGAGCCUGUCAUUGCCAUGUUAUGCAGCGAAAAGUUACUACACUCCACUCCCAUCGGAGUCAGAGAUAUUCCAGAGAACGUUUUCAACCAAUUGCAGAAUAGUGCACUGAGUUCGUGGGUGUCCGGGGAGAACACCUAUCAGGUGAGUCGACGCAGGGAAUACGGCCCCAGCGCGACUUCUACCCGGGUUCGACAGAUCAGACCUGCUCAGAUGUGGACGUCACAGCCUGUAGAUGUCAGUCUCAAGCGGCAACACCAGGAGAACAUCGACAACUGGAAAGAACAAUUGCGAGAGAUUGAAGAUCAACUCCGAGCCGAGAGAGCUACCAUGGAGAAGCUCAGACAAGAUAUUGACCGAAACGAAGAAGAGAUGAAUGAGAUCGAUAGGGAAAAGACUACAAAACAAACAGCCCAUACUCAGUAUCGAGCCAUUCCCGAGAAAAUCGCUCAACAAGAGGCUAAACUUGAAAACAUUACCUCGCUGUUUGAGAAGGUACGAGAUACAGUUCGUGAGUUUCGGGACAAGCAAGACGAGUUCUCCAUCCAGAAGGCUGAGGCCACUGUCAAAUAUGCCGACUCCGUUGAAGCCUUCCGUCAAGAAUAUGAGGAACUCGUCAAACUGGAGGUUCGACUUUUAGAAGCAACCUCGGACCUUCAAACCCUACGACAUCGCAACGAUGAUUGUGCAAGAAUGCUCGAGGAGAAAAGUAUGCAGGCUCAUCAAGCCUCAGUCACUGUCAGAGAAACUGCGAUGAAGCUCAGAGUCGUUAAUCAACAAGCAAAGCUCGUUGUCCGGGAGGCUCGCAAUCAACCGGACGCAAAAGAAGUGAUGGAAGAAGGGGUUGCUGAUUAUGACAUGGACCAGCUCAACGCUGACAUCGACUCCGAAAAAGCCCGUCUGGAACUCACCCAUGGCGGUAGUAGCCACACAAUUAAAGAAUUCGAAGAUCGUGAGAAGCAAAUUGAGAAGCUCCGUUCCAAACUCGCUCAAUUUCAAAACGAGCUCACCGAACAUGGAGAUGCCAUUGAUGAGAUCCGCAAGAACUGGGAGCCCAGGCUGGAUGCACUCAUCAAGAAGAUUAGUGAUGCUUUUGCUGAUUCUUUCAAUCGAAUCGGAUGUGCUGGUCAAGUCACUCUGGACAAGGUGGAGGAUGAGCCUGAGACCGAGGGCGAGGUUGGUGGGUGCGACUUUGACCAGUGGGCGAUUCAAAUCCAUGUCAAAUUCCGUGAAAACGCGCAACUGUCGCUCUUGGAUUCACAUCGCCAGUCCGGCGGCGAGAGGGCCGUGAGUACCAUAUUCUAUCUCAUGGCACUUCAGUCUCUCUCCGCCUCGCCGUUCCGUGUCGUUGAUGAGAUCAACCAAGGUAUGGACCCGCGUAAUGAGCGCAUGGUUCAUGGCCGCUUGGUAGAUAUUGCUUGUGCCUCUAGUGAGGAUGCUGAAACUGACGAGGAGGGCAAUCCCAUCGGUGGUAGCGGCGGUGGACAGUACUUCCUCAUUACACCUAAGCUACUCAACGGACUCUCCUACAAGCCUGGCAUGCGGGUACUCUGUAUCUACAGUGGAGAGCACAUGCCCGACGACUAUCGCAAGAUCGACUUCAAGCUGGCAAUUCGCAACAUGAAGGCGAUCAAUGCGACAAGGGGGAAUCCCGGCGCGGCGCCGAGGGGAAUCCAAGGGAACAGCCAAGUUGAUAUCUCCGCUUAA